GUGGGGCGGCGGGCCGAGCGGUUCGCGGCUCCCGGCGGCUCUCAGCGCCGCACCACACGGUUCUCUUUGCUCCUCAGCCUCAGUGAAGCAAUGCUUCGGCUCCGGCUGUUAACAUGGGACGUGAAGGACACGCUGCUCCGGCUCCGGCACCCAGUAGGAGAGAAUUACUCUGCUGCGGCCCAAGUUCACAAUGUCCAUGUGCAGCCUGAGGCUCUCAAUAAGUCUUUCCAUCAGGCAUACAAAGCCCAGAGCAAGCACUUCCCCAACUAUGGCCUGAGCCAGGGGCUAAGCUCCAAGCAGUGGUGGGUGGAUGUUGUCAAACAGACCUUCAGACUCGCUGGUGUCCAUGAAGACAGGCUUCUCACCACCAUUUCGGAAAGCCUCUAUCAGGAGUUCUGCAGUGCACAGAACUGGGAGUUGUUACCAGGUGCCAGGGAGACUCUGAGGCAGUGCCACCAGCUGGGCAUCCGUAUGGCUGUAAUCUCCAACUUUGACAAGAGGCUAGAGAAGAUUCUGUCUCAUUGCAACCUCAGGCACCAUUUUGAAUUUGUCUUGACCUCGGAGGAGGUUGGCUUUGCCAAGCCAGACCGGCGGAUCUUCCAGAAGGCGCUGCACAUUUCUGGGGUAGCUCCACAACAGGCGGCUCACGUGGGGGACAAUUAUGUGAAGGAUUAUAGGGCAGCCAGAGACGUGGGCAUGCAUAGCUUCCUGCUCACAAGGGCUGGGCGUGCAAACAAUUGGGAGCUAGAGGUACCAAAGCAGCACAUCCUGCCUUCACUUACCCACUUGCUGUCUGUUAUCGAGAAGGGUUAAGGGUGAAUCCCUUGCCUCUCCGCAGAGAUCGCCAGGGACAAAGCAGAUUCCUUACACCAUGUCGCUAAAAAGAAGGAUCAGUUGUGCUGCGGGGGUGAGGAGGAGAGGGGAGAGGAUUUGGUUCUCCACCAGGGGGUCAGGUUCUAAAGGGUAUCUGCAUGUCCUAUGGAGAGGGGGCAAAAGCAAACCCCUCUGAACUCAGUGAGAAGUACUUGCUAGCACCAUCCACAACCGCACAUUAGUCAUCCAAUAUAAUAAACUGCUACAGAUACUCAGCACUUCUCUUCCCCCUUCUUUCAUAGCUCUCAAAGCAUCUAACAGAGUGUGGGGGAUUAGUGCCAUUAUCGUCAUUUUACAGGGGGGAACCAAGGGAUGAUGGCUAAGAUCACCCUGCACGUCAGAGUGGAGAUCA